AUGCUCAGGUGUCCCAAUCCUAAUGAUGAUACAGUGGAGUUGCUGCAAAAUGGUGUUUCUACAUCCAGCCGUUUCUCCUUCGAGAUGUUUAUCUUCACUGCAGACUCCACCAAGGUUUACCUGCACUGUGCUGUUCACCUUUGCCUUCUGACAGACAAUCACUGCUCAGUGCACUGUGACCCUGAACACCACCAUAGAGCGGGCAGAUCUGUGGAUUUCCAUGACAGUACUUCAAUAUCCCUUGGUCCAUUGAUGUGGUCUGACAGUAACAAAGAUACGCCGAUGCCACGCCAAGUGCUAGUAUCCAGGGCUCCAUGUCUGUUGGGUUCUCUGACUAUAUCAGUUAUUUCUCUGAUGAGUCUCCUGAUAUUCUGCUAGGAUAUUUCCACUGACAAUCAACCUAAUGUUUUAACACGUCUAUUCUUAUAUUUUUAUUAUAUCUCUUUCUCGAUGAAUGUGACACUGAUGCCAAACUGUUACAAGCUUUCUAUAAAUGUGACCUUUGGGUGAUUGUUAAAAAUCACAACCUUUAAAAUGUUUUCUAAAUCAAACAGUCUUAUUACUAUUGUGAGGAUAAAGCAUAUUAAAUAAUGAGAUAAAACAAAUCACAAUAAACUGAUUUUCUCUGUGUUUUG